AUGGCGCUCAGCAAUUUCCUCUUCGCUCAGUGCAUCUGCUAUUUCCUGGCCUUUCUCUUCAGCUUCAUCGUGGUGGUGCCACUCUCCGAGAAUGGCAACGACUUCCACGGCCGGUGCCUGCUCUUCACCGAGGGCAUGUGGCUCAACGCCAACCUGACGGUGGAGCGGCAGCGCUUCACGGUGCAGGAGUGGGGGCCUGAGGCCGCUUGCCGCUUUAGCAUCUUCACCGGGCUCCUCUCCCUGCUGCUGGCCACAGUGCAGGCCUGGAGGACCCUCUUCUUCCUCUGCAAAGGGCACGAGGACUCUUUCUUUUACGCCUUCCUGAAUCUGCUGAUCAGCGCCUUUGUGGUGUUCAUCACAUUUAUUGCCAGCACUAUAGUGAGUGUAGGAUUUAACAUGUGGUGUGAUGCAAUUACUGAAAAAGGAAGCAUGCCAAAUAGCUGUGAAGAAUUGCAGGAUAUAGAUCUUGAGCUGAACUUGGAAAACUCUGCUUUCUACGACCAAUUUGCUAUUGCACAGUUUGGUCUCUGGGCUGCCUGGCUGACUUGGCUGGCAAUUACCAUUCUGGCUUUCCUGAAGGUCUAUCACAACUACAGACAGGAGGAUCUGCUAGACAGCCUGAUCCAUGAGAAGGAGCUGUUGCUAGGAAGAUCCCCUUCACGAUCCUCUUUGCAAGAUGACAAAAGUGGCAUGAUCUAAAGUGUAAGCCAAUUUCCAUGGCAGGAUUUAGAUUUUAUUAUUCAGUAAUGUGAGCUCAAGCUGAGUCAGGGUAUCGAGUGUGUGAAAUCUUUUCUUUUCCUGAAAUGAAAUGCAAUUGAGAAUCACUCACUUCCCCCAUGAGAAAUUGUUGGCAGAAAUAUUGAUAUUAGGAUAAAGAGAAUGAACUGCCCUAUGUGCCUAUGGCACAGCAAAUUUUCUGUCCCGUGGAGGCAAAAUUUGUAACCUGCCCUUGUCAGCAGAGCUCCCACGUGCCAUCGCUGGCUUUUGCGACAGGGGCCAUUUCUGAGGACUGAGCUGGCAAGACCAGGCUACAGCAUCCAAGCUAUUUCUUCAAACUAUUCUUCAAAAUAGUUGUAACUGGAGCUGCAUUCAGUCCCUCUCCUCCCUUUUGCCAGUGCUGCCCCUGUUCUGUCUUUAUCCUGGGAAGCUGCAGCUCUGGUUCGGGUGCAGGCUCUUGCUGUCUCUGCUUUCGCUGUGUAUGGAUGCAGUGCUGACAAACAUGUUGCUCCUGCUCUGAUUUUAUUUAAAACAUAGAGACCUGUGUUCCAGACUUGAUAUUUGAUAUUGGACAGUGUUAAUGAAUUACAUGAAACCCAUGUAUUAUUAUAGCACCUGCCAAAUACUGUGUAUAAUAUGGAAGGAUGACAGAGAACAUUUGUGGUUUUGUUUCUUCUUAGAUUUUGGCAUGAGCAGUAUUUAUUAUGACUCCUGAAGUGAAGUGUAGCUAGAAAUUGCUGAAACUUGCAUACUAAGAAAUUAAGCCGAAUAGAUAGUAUUAAUGCUUGUGCAUUUAUAAAUGUAACUUGGUCCCUAACAUUGUAUACUAUUCUGUUUUGAAUAUUAGAAUUUAUUUGUGAUAUUUAUUUCAUAUAGGAUAUGCAAAAUUACUGUAAGCAUUUGCAUUGUAGGUUUCUAUAU